AAUCCUACAAGCCUUGUCGAAGGAAUUACUGCUGACCUGCACUCCGCCCACCUCACCUGCAAUCACCGCAACUCGGGUUCCACAACCGCCACCCUCCAACCUUUGUCAUUCUUUCAGCAUGCCCUCUGGCUUAUAGGCUGCCUCGUACAUUUCCUUUCUCUUUUUCUCCCUUCCGACUUUUCCGCCUGUCAUAAGUUCAAGAUUGUCCGGUGUCUCCUACCCUUUCACUCGGACAAUAUGGCCUCGUUGCGAGACAUCCGAGUGACGCUGUACACUGCCGUCGCCGCUAUACUAGUUCUAAUCGGUUUCCUCACUCUCACUCAUCGUCCGUCAAUCCAGUCGCUACACCACCCUCUGCCAUCACAUGCCUCCAACACAUUCACACACCACCCGGCACCGUCAGCAGUCACAGCUCCUAUACCAACUAAAUCAAAUCAUCCUGAGGAAACCGAGCCUGGUAAAGAAAAGCUUGCCUACGUCACCUGGCUCUCCAGCACUGUUGUCGGCGAGAACAGUGAGAACCUUGACGAGGACAAGUACUUCAUUGGAACACGGAUCCUCGUCUGGCAACUGCUUCACUACAGCAAAACCAAGACCGACGGCAUUGACGUAGUAGUAGUUGUAACGCCCGACGUGAGCGAGUCUCGACGUGAGCGACUUCGGAAAGAUGGGGCUAUAGUGCGACCAAUCGAUUUCGUUCAUGGAAAGAACGACAAAUGGCUUCACCCUAAGGAGGACCGCUGGAACGACAUCAUGUCAAAGCUCCGUGUCUGGGAAAUGGAAGAGUACUCAAGGAUCCUCAUGCUCGAUGGAGACAUGAUUCUGCAACAUCCCCUGGACGGUAUCUUCGAGGACCCAGCCUCGAAAAUUGCCACAAGACUGAGGAAUGCCUCCAACCCCGAAGACGAGCCUGAUAUCCCUGACGAAUAUCUGCUCGCUAGUAUUGGAGAGGUUGCAGGGGCUGACCAUGCUUUCCCUCCGGAUUGGGACCACGGCCUUAAGAAGUUUGGCUACUUCUGUGCUGGCUUCUUCAUGUUGAAGCCGAACAAAAAGAUCUUCAACUACUAUACGGCGCUUCUGGAUAUCGAGAACCGAUUCGAUCCAAAGUAUAUGGAACAGAACUUGCUAAACUACGCUCAUCGGUGGGAUGGUCCUAUGCCAUGGAAGGAACUCGCCUACACCUGGAACAUCCGAUCCGUAAACGAUAACGACCUCGACAAAGGCGUCGCCUCAAUGCACGAAAAGUGGUGGGAAAACCCACUUAGCGACAGCGAGAGGGUCCGAGGUAUCUUCCAGAGCGUGAGGUGGCAGAUGGAGGGUUACUACUUAGCACAAGAUGAGCUACACAAAUAGGUUAUAUCCAGAGUUGAUUUCAUGCAUCAUCAGCGGCUGAAUUAUGGAUGGCGUUUUACCAGGACUUCAAUAGAGUUCUCGGCUUUUUGAUCGACUUGUUUCAAAUACCCUAUGCAUUUUCCAUUCCCUUCUUCGAUUCUUGUAAGUAGUUUGCCGAGGAGACUGCUGAUGAUUCAUUCUGUGUUUCCAAACACAUCGGAGUUUGGAGGAGGGUUGCAACGCG